GAAGUGUCUGCUCAAUGGUCCAAUCUGCUGCAAACAACUGCAACUUUACUACUUGACAGAAGAUUUCAGCUCGUCCUAAAGAUGUCAUCUUCACAGCCAUUCUCAGCCACAACAAACCAGCACCGGCGGGUGUCCACCAAGUCUAACCCUGGGUUUUUGGAGCGGCUCAGUGAGACAGCAGGAGGGACAUUGAUUGGUAUUGGGAUGUUCUUCCUGUCUAUUUAUAUACUAUUUACCAACGAGGGUCGAGCAUUACAGACACAAUUGUCUCUGGAUGAGGGACUGUCUCAGGUUGUGUCUUUAGACUCUUACUUUGGCCUCGAUCCACAAAAUGACAACCGUUUAGUUCAUUUGUCCGCAAAGCUUCACACAGCUCAGCCUCUUCAUGACCCAAACUACAGAGUGGUGGUACAGGCCGUAAAGCUGAAAAGGGAGGUCGAAAUGUAUCAGUGGGUGGAGUAUUCAGAAAGCAGGGACUACCAAGAAAAUGGUGAAACAAAAACCGAGACAACCUACACAUACAACACUGAAUGGAAAUCAGAAUUGGUGAAUAGUCGUAAUUUUGCUGAGGAAAUUGGUCACCAAAACCCAAGUGCUAUGGCUGUUGAGAGUGUGACAGUGGUAGCUCCUGAAGUCAGAGCUGGGCCUUUCAUUUUGUCCAAAGGACUCAUUAACAAUAUAAACAACUUCCAGACACUGAGUUUGAGAGAUUUUAAUGCCAUAAAUUUAGAUCCUUUUCUCACCAUUCAUGAUGAUUACUUCUAUCACACCCAAUACCCACGCAAACCAGAAGUUGGUGAUGUGCGAGUGAGAUUUUCCUAUGCUGGUCUGAGUGGAGAGCAGUCUUGGCUCGGGACACCUCAAACUGUGAGUAUUGUGGCAAUGCAAAGAGGAGAGCAGCUGAUGCCAUUCAAAACUAAAUCGGGUGACAUUUUGGAGUUUCUGUACUUGGAGAACCUGUCUGCAGAGGAGAUUUUUGACAAGGAGCACCAGUUCAAUAGCAUUAAAACUUGGGGGCUGAGAGUGGCCGGUUGGGCUCUCAUGUGUUUGGGAAUUCAGCUGGCGAUGCGCAUCAUCUACACCCUAGUGGACUGGGUUCCUGUCCUGAGAGAGCUGGUAUCUGUGGGCAUUAAGAUUUUUGCUGUGUGUGUCUCCUGCUCCCUCUCCCUCCUGGUCAUUGGCAUUGGUUGGUUGGCUUACCGCCCCCUAGUGGCUUUUUCCUUGGCAGCAAUAGGGUUGAUUCCAUUGUUUAUUGCUCGCUCAGGAUUUCCAGCAAAGAAAGAUGAAUGAGUAUUGCACUGAAUGUAGUUUGGGUUGUGUGUGGACAUGUGUCCUUUGUAACCAGGAUGUUUACAUUGUACUCACUCAAAUUAAGACAACUUCCUGUGAUAUUGUUACUCUGCAUUUUUGUUGCUUAGAAUAUACCUCACUUGUGUCUGCCAAAUUGGUAUGCAUUUAUUAGACGCAUUACUGUCCUGCAAUACAUUAGGUGGUUUGUGAGGCUUUUGUUUUUUUAUAACCUUGAGAUUGUUUUUGAAAAUGCCAAAGAAAGGGGUUUAUGCAUUGAUGUCAAACCCUUACUGUACUGUUUUGUUGCAUGAAAGAAAGAAUUGUAGACAUGUGUGCAUAAAAGUUAUGUAGUGUUGUGUUUUACAGCUCAUAGUCUCCUGUUUUAUCUUUCAGGUUUUACACAGCUGUCCAUUAUUAUUACAAUAAACCAUUGCAACCAGCCGAUAACAAAUUCAGACAGAAGAAAAUACCAGUGUGAUAAAUGUAAAGCACAUAUUUAUUGUGUGCAAUGCCUUCAAUGGCAAAUAUUUUUGCAGGAAUAGGUUUACUGAUUCAUAAGAUUUCGUUUUUAAAUUGUCAUAAUCAGUCCUUUCAAAGCAUCAACAUGGACCUUAAAAAUGUGUGUUGAUGUUAAUUGCAUUAUACUUCACAAAUUGACAUGUUAAAUGUGUACUCCAAAUGGAAAAAAACAAA